CGCGUGCCGCCCUGGGGCCGGCGCGCCCGCCCCGCGCGCCCGUGGGCGGCCCCGCGCGCCGGAGGGCGGGCGCCUCUGGGCGCGCUGGCGCGGCAUGGAGGCCCAGCCCUUGGGCGGGGCGCGGCUCUACAGCGCCAAGGACCCGACGCGGGCCCGCAGGUAUUGGACUCUCGCCUGGGUGGUCGUGCACCACGUGGCGUGGCCGCUGUGGCGGUGCUGGCUCUGGCUCACCGGCGCCGCGCGGGGGCGCCCGCCGCCAGGCCCCCUGGAGAAGUACCGCCGCCGCCUGUGCAGAUCGCAGGUCUACUGCGCCCUGGCCGUGGCCGGCGGGGCCCACCUCCUCUCCAGGUGCCGGUGGCAUCCACAUGAUCUGCUGUACGAGAUAUCCAUGGAGCACCAGGUGCUCUUCGGCAUGGCCGUGGGGCACUGGGCCACGGCCCUCUGGGAGGA